ACGAGAAGUUUUCAAACCAUGAGAGUAGAUUUUCUUUGUGUUUAUCCAAAGGUUGAAUCAUGGUCUCUCUAUGGACAUGGAGAUUGCUGCUCAUGGGAUGGCGUCGAGUGCGACGACACCACCGGUCAUGUGAUAGGCCUUGACCUUCGCAGUAGCUGUCUCUUUGGUACCAUAACUUCCAACAGUAGCCUCUUUCGCCUACUCCACUUGGAAUCGCUCAAUCUUGCUUGGAAUGACUUCAACUCUUCUUCAAUUCCAUAUGGCUUUGGCAAUCUUUCCAGGUUACAAUACCUUAAUCUCUCCAAUUCGCACUUUUCUGGAAAAGUCCCCUUGGAUAUCCCACGGAUAUCUAGAUUAAUAUCUCUUGAUUUGUCUUUUGGGUGGGAUCCCAGCAUACCUCUUGAUUUGUCUCUCGAGAUGCCCAACGUAGACAACUUUGUUCAUAACUUAACUAUGCUUAGAGAACUUGAUCUCUCUUUUAUAAGCAUGCCAUCACCAUUCCCACAUGUGCUUGCAAACUUCUCCUCUUUGAAGUCACUUAAACUUAGAGAUUGUGGAUUGCAUGGAGAAUUUCCGAUAGGCAUCUUUCAAUUACCAAACCUCGAAGUCCUCGACAUAAGUUUGAAUGACAAACUUUAUGGUUCGAUUCCAGAACAAAAGUGGGGUGUUUCCCUAAAAUCAUUAAUUCUUUGGGGCACGAAUUUCUCAGGAGAAAUACCCGUUUCCAUCGGAAACCUUGCUUUCUUGAAUGUAUUAUCAAUUGGGGAAUGUGAUUUCUCUGGUUCACUUCCCACUUCAUUGGGUAAUCUUUCUCAGCUUGCUAUUCUGGAUAUAUCAGCAAGUAAAUUUCAUGGUCAAAUCCCCGCUUCCUUCGCUAACCUCACGCAGCUGUCAUAUCUAGAUCUCAGUGUCAAUAAUUUCAGCGGUGAUAUUUGGCAUUGGCUUGUCAACUUGGGAAAACUCACCUCUUUGGGCCUUGCAGAUGUUCAACUAAGUGGCCUGAUUCAGUCUUCAUUUGAGAACUUGACGCGAUUGAUUAAUCUUGACAUUUCAUUCAACAAUUUGCAAGGUGAAAUUCCAAACUCAUUAGGGGAACUCAAGCAUCUUGAAUAUCUAUGUCUUAGUAGGAAUAAUUUGAGUGGCACAGUGGAUAUACACAAACUCAAGGAUCUUGAAUUUCUUGAUCUCAGUUGGAAUAAUUUGAGUGGCAUUGUGGAUAUACAUGAAUUCAAGAACUUGACAACAUUAUAUUUGGACUUCAACAACAUAUCUUUUGUCAGCAAGAAUGAGGUCAAUUGCGCUCUUCCAAAACUUUCCACUUUAGCUUUAGAUUCAUGCAACUUACAUGAGUUCCCAAAGUUUUUAGGCUACCUAAGCGGAUUAGAGACUUUAAGUCUUUCACACAAUAACAUUGGAGGGAGUAUUCCUUCAUGGAUGUGGAAUGGUGGUAGAGAGACCUUGAAGUAUAUUGAUCUUUCUCACAAUUUUCUAACUGGCUUUGUGAACAACCAGAUUAAUCUGCCACUACCCAAGUUAAUAUACUUUGACAUUAGUUCUAACUUGGUCAAAACAGCACUCCCUAGUCCACCUCCAUCAGUGAUUUAUUAUAAUAUCUCCAAUAACUUCCUCUUCGGGGAAAUUCAAUCUAUUUGUAAAGCAAGAUCCCUCGCUGUUCUUGAUUUAUCCAUCAAUAGUUUGAAUGGCACAAUUCCUUCAUGUUUCGGAAAUAUUGGUUCUUUGUCAAUUUUGAGUCUUGGAAAAAAUAAACUUGAGGGCAUGAUACCUAAUGCUUACCCAAAAGGUUGUGUGUUGAAGAUUAUUGACCUCAUAGAGAAUCGAUUGCAAGGGCCUGUCCCAAUAUCUUUGGCGAAUUGUACAAAGCUAGAGUAUUUGAACCUUGGUUAUAAUCAAAUUCUUGAUGGGUUCCCAUUCUGGCUAUCAGUAUUGACUGAGCUGAAAGCUGUGAUCUUGAAAUCCAAUAUGUUCCAUGGUCCAAUAGAAACAUAUCAAAGCCAGUUUAACUUCAGCAAUUUGCAUAUCUUGGACCUUUCCAACAAUAGUUUCAAUGGUGAACUUCCUUCCAAGUUGUUGCAGAGUUUCCACGCCAUGAAAGUAAUUAUUGGUCAAGAUCAGUUGGAAUAUAUGUAUACUUUUUCAGGGUUUUCAAUCGGCAUUGUGCUAGGGAACUUGAUCAUUGACAAGAAGAGUAGGUGGUUCUUGCACUACUCCAAGAGAAUGGCAAAAAAGUGGAAAAGAUUGGGAAGGCAGUGA